UGCGAUCGCCUAUCUACCUACUGACUACCUAAGGUUCGAUAUCUAUCACACCCGCCGUUAUUAUUAUUUGGCGUUGGCGUCGCAGUCGCUAUCGGGGGUGCCUUCUCGGGUACCAAUCACAGCGGUUCUAUCCUGCCUCUUAUUAUACGCAUACUCAUGCGGAAGGCACGACUCUGACCACAGCUAGGAUGGCAGUCAAUAGCAUCAUUGUCUGUUGCUGCAGGGCAACUCCUAUCGUCGCCAUUCCAAACUCAUCCUGUCUUAUUUUCAUGCCAUGUCCAGCAAAUCAUCUCUGUAACCGGUUUCCCAUGAGCACGGUACUCAACUCCGAAUUGGAAACAGUGCUCCUUGGCUCGACAUGAGGUACGAGAACUGGGAUGUUCUCCUCUUCCCAGAGGGCUCCAGAGUGCCCAUCCAGGAAUUCAAGACUCAAUGCUUCGUCACGAAAGAUCGAGAAUCCCCUUAUCUCCAUUUCCAGGACCAUUCUAUUUUGAGCCCUGGGCCGUUUUACUCGGGCCAUGGGAAUUCUGGAAAUGCCGCUCAGAUACCUGUUCUCACUACCUUCAUACCCAGUCUGCCUCAGAAUAGUCCGUUUAGGGUCUCUGUUCACAGCUGGGAUAGACCUCGUCCAAGUAGACGGCUGGAGGGUUUUAUGCAACCUGAGGACGUCGUCUUGUAUGAGGUUCGGGUCUUUAUAGAUGGUCUCUGUGUCUCGGGUAGUAUCUUCGGGCAAAUGACCGUGUGGCCUCAUGUCAUUAAUCAGAGUUCCCAGGUCGACAAGAACGGAAAUCAAGAUCACCUCCGGUUCCCGCCGUUUCACUCGGAGAUACUAUACCAGAGCCAUUGGGAUGCCGGUGAAUCUCAUGGCCGCAUCAGGGUAGUCAUAUCGGAGGGGCUUUCUCGACCGCAUCGUUCGCCGCCAUUCGAGCGAGUAAAGGAUAUUAUCAUAUUUGCCUUUCAGCAUGCACCUCUGCAGGCCCUAGAGCACUCGAACAUAGCUUGGCCGAAUCCAGGGAUGUGGUUGCAGACUUCCCGAAAUAUGUUCAAAUAUCAUUCUGAGAGCAUCUUCAGCGAUAACAAAGAUACAGAAGAUGCGCACGCCCAUUCUCCAGCUCGACAUGAGACGACAACGAGCGGAACAGGAAGUAGCAUCAAUAGUAGCAUGGCUAUGUACUCUACGUGGCCAUACAGAAUCUUUCCGCCGCCAACUGCACAAUGGCAAGGCGGUUUGAGGGACCCUAGAUGGGCUUCAAAUGAUCUCCCCAUGCCAGAUCCUUUUAUGGAUCCCUACAUGACCCAUAGAUCAAGUAGACGAGGAGCCAGAUCUACUUUGGAAGAUGUCCCAAUGCCCGACUAUGUCGGUUCAAGCUCGACAAGCAGCCGGGCCAUUUCCAACAUGACCGGUAUCAGUUUCGAACACAGCAAGAACCCCAGUAUAUCGGCUUCAGCGGAUGACGAAACAUAUGGCCCACUGAUCGACGCCUUUGGAGCGCCAAAGCCGCGGUCUAGUGGCACGUUUGCUCCGACUAACACUCCUGCAUCUAUACCUCCUAUGGCAUCCAAACCGUCCGCUGCAGCAGAAGCCAGGUCGGCAUCUUAUAGUACGAAAAACGGAAGUCGAACCUCUAUUUUGAAGGAAGUCUCACAACCGGGGACCAGAGAUGCUUCUGGUUCCAGCGUGAAGUCUGGGCCGCCUCCAGACAGCCCGGGUGAGACUUCAAUGGAAAAAAGGCUCCAGGUCAGUCCAAGUCCAAAGGUGAAAGGCAAGAAGGAACGCAAGAGCUUUCAGGACAACAAGGAAAAUGAAUCUAGCGAACCUUCCAGUCGGGAUGUGAGCAGGGGAAGCAGCGUUCAACCAAAAGUCAUCUUGCGGAGCGGUGGCGCGUCAUCUGUCUCGAGUGAUUCUAAGAGAAAGAGAUCUAGUGGACUGGUAAGAGACACUCGAGCUAGCAAGGAUGAUGCGGAUACUCCAUCGCCAACGAAAAAGGUGAUUCGUGUGGGAGAGCACGACAAUGAUGAUCAGAUUGUGUUUGAUGAUCUGCUUGAUCUGAGAGCACAUGUGGUCUCAGAGAUCGAAUAGGUCUGUCAGGAGAUAGCAUUUUGCCAGCCAUUCUCCAGUCACUCGUUGAAAUGUCCAAACCGCGCUUUUGUUGUCUCUGAUUGAAAGAAUGAAUAUUGUUACUUGCCAAGAUCAGCUAUCCUGGUGGCAGUAUCAAAUAUUGUAUUUCUAGUGUUGUGGUCGUAUAGAAACAUAAACAAGACUGCAAUAUUCCCCAC